AACAGUGAGGCUGGAGCAUGCUCUUCGUCAGCUGGUGCGCGCGUGGCAGGUGCGCGCUGCGGGUGAUCACUCGUGCGAGACUGUGACGUGACGUGGGGGUCACGCCGCACAAGAUUCCGUCACAUUCGAGUGUCGGUGUCCCAUUGACGGAACAUUGAUGACAGGAAAAGAUCUCAGCGUUGUGUUCUGUCUACAAGAGAGCGUCUUCUAGUUCUAUGUUCAACAUGUUCACGACAUCAUCAGUUCUUUGAUGGGUCUCAAGACCUGAAGAGACUCGAUGAACUCAAGGGGUCAGUGGCAAGAGCUGUAGUGCUUGUGCUGACACCUGCAAGCAGGCCGUCCCGCCUGUGUCUGUAUGGAUGGGAAUGGCAGCACCAGCUGCCUGUGGGAAUCACUCACACAUAUCAAGGAAACACAUUUAUCUCAUUAUUACAUCAGUCCUGCUGUUUAGUGCCUCUUCUGAAUGUGCACAGUGUCGUAUCCUACAAUGCAAUUCCGAAUUUGUGGCUGCGACUUUGGAGAUGGGGGUCAUAGGAGGAGGGGGACGGGAAGGGGGUAACGCCGGCUACUGCAGCGCCCUGCGAUCCUACGCUCUCUGUACCCAGCGGACCGCCCAAAGGUGCCGCGGAGACCUGGCCUACCAUUCUGCAGUGCAGGGCAUCGAGGAUCUGCUCAUUCAACACCGCUGCCCCAAAACAGGCCCCACGGUUCAGCCACGACCCCUGCCCCAGGCCCCUCUCUCAGGGGACGGAUGUUUCUAUGAGAAAGCCUUUGUGAAGAGGGAAGGCCGGACCCCAGAAUACCUGCACUGUGGGGUGUUUGGGGACCCUCAUAUCCGCACCUUUAAUGAUGAGUUCCAGACAUGUGCAGUGCAGGGAGCCUGGCCACUCAUUGAUAAUCAGUACCUGUAUAUACAGGCCACCAGCUCGCCCACUAGAGGGAGCGCUUACACCACUGUACUUACAAAGAUCACCGUUAUCUUCAAGAACUGGCGUGAGUGCGCAGAGCUGCAGAUAUACCAAGCAGAGGUAGAUAACGUCCCCCCAGCAUUUGUGGAUGGCUCCAUGACCGGCAGCGAUCGCAGAGGCCAUCAGAGCCUGCGGGUCACCUCACGUGACCCUGGCCGACACGCUGAGAUCAGCGCUACACACAUCGGAACGAUGCUCGUGGUGCGUCAGAUAGACCGGUCACUGAGCCUGUCUGUCCGCUCCCCUCGGGCGAUCGUAGAGUCUUAUACACCCGAGCAAGACUUGCAGCUGUGUGUAUGGGGGUGUCCUGUCUCACAGCGUCUAGGAACCCCACCUCCAUCCACGAUUGCGUACUCUCACUGUUUGUCUGUGCUUCCUGUGCGGGAUGUGUAUUUUCAGGCCUGCCUGUUUGACCUGCAGGUCACGGGGAGCACUAACUCUAGUGCAUCAGCUGUGGCUGCGUUAGAGGACGCUCGAGCGGUGAUCUCUGACCCCAAGAGGAUUCACCUGCUGAUGGGCAGGGCGGGUAACACACCUGCGUCUCUGCCGAUGGUUGUGGUGAUAAGUGUCCUUGCAGAAAUCCUCAGACGUGCUUUGUCAUGAUGGCAUGACAGAAGUGCAGCAGGUUUACUGAAAUCCUGAACCAGGGAUUGUGUGAUGUUUAAUGCAUAUUUAUACAAUUGUUCAACGUUUACAUGAUUUCAGAGUUUUGUUUGGGUGUUUGUAUGUCGUGAACGCAGAAGGCAGUCUGGAACCGCCUUGCAACGACUGUUUAUUUGUUGUUUUGUUGCAUAAAGUGUGUGAUGUAUGAUUGUAAUACAUUUGUGAAUAUCUCCAUCAGGAGAAACAUAAAUAACAUUUGAAAAAAUACUGCAAUGCGUAUGCUAUUGAAAGUUGUGU